AUGGCCAAGAAUACGAGAAGCACGGCAUUCCGGAAGAUCGAUGUUGAUGCUUACAAUGAAGAUCAGUACAAAGAUGAAGACCAAGAGCAAGAUGCGACGACAGUGGGUCCAGACGAGGAGGAAGUGACGAAGCUGUUGCAGAUGAACCGUAACGUUGAGGCACUGAAGAUGGCGUUGAAGAAUCCGCCGCUGAAAACGCGGAAUCAGGCCCUGAAAGAUCGCGCCACGCAACUGGUCGUCCGUGUGUUGUGUUCUUUCAGACAGGCAGAUAUCGAGAGUGCUGUGCAAUCUUUGGAUAAGGAUCAGAUCGACUUGAUCAUGAAGUACAUUUACAAAGGCUUCGAGUUCCCCCAGGACGGCAGUUCAUCCGUGCUGCUUGCUUGGCAUGACAAGGUGUACCAGGUCGGUGGAAAUGGUUGCAUCGUCCGGGUGCUGACCGAUCGCAGACGGCUAUGA